AUGUCACACCCUAAACAUAUUUCCCUGCCUGCCACCAUCGGCAGCAACACUUCCAGCUCUGCUUGGAAAACACUCAACCAUCCCGAGAUCCACGUCAAGGACCACAAGUCUUUUUCCAUCACGACACCUCCAGCCACCGAUCUUUGGAGACCCAACGCUGAACCGAAAUCCGACAACUUCACCGUUCCUUAUGUGUACCGUGAAAUCAAGGCAAACACAUUCACCACCAUCGCUGUAACCGUCAACGCGGACUGGAAGACCAGAUACGAUCAAGGAGGUAUUGCAAUCAUUUUCCCCGGCCCCAAGCCUUCCAAAUGGGUAAAGACCGGCAUCGAAGUCGAAAACGGAGCACCUCAAUACGGCACCGUCGGCACCUAUGCAUUCUCGGAUUGGAGUUUGAGUCCCAUACAACCUCAGAAUGCCACCACUGCGAGAUUUAUCGUCGAAAGAUCGGGCUCUGAGAUGUGGGUCUACGUUCUCAAUGAUGCGAAGAACCCUGAUGCGGGCAGAUAUCCUUUGAGAGAGGUGACUUGGGCGUUCUUGGAGGACCGUGCUGGUGAUGAUGUUGUUCUGCAGGUUGGAGUUUAUGCUGGAAAGCCUACUUAUUCUGCCAACAGUUCUACUGAGGGACUUGAAGUGCAUUUCUCUGAUCUUGUUAUUGUGUAG